GUACUCAUCAACGUAAUUCUCUGUCUUCGCUCCAAAAUUUUAUUUUAUUUCUUUCCCUUAUAAAUUUUGGGCAAAAAAGGGAAAAAAGAAAAUAGAAAGGAAAGAGGAGAGGAGGGUUUCCUACGAAAAUCAAGGGCUUUUUGCAGGAAUUUUCUUUUUGUCGACCAAAGAUUUUGAGCGAAUGGCUAUGGCAAUAGCUUCGGACGAAACCACCAGCAUGUGCGAUCACUGUGACAGGGCCAUACCUUCUUCAAAUAUUGAUUUGCAUUAUGCUCAUUGUUCUCGUAAUCUUGAAAAAUGUAAAGUUUGUGGUGACAUGGUCCCAAAAAAGCAUGCUGAGGAGCAUUUCUUAAACACCCAUGCUCCUGUUACCUGUUCACUGUGUAGUGAGACAAUGGAACGUGAAAUUCUAGCUAUCCAUAAAGGUGAAAAUUGCCCCCAGAGGAUUGUUACUUGUGAGUUUUGUGAGUUUCCAUUGCCUGCUAUUGAUCUGGCUGAGCAUCAGGAAGUAUGUGGGAACCGGACAGAGCUCUGUCAUCUGUGUAACAGAUACAUUAGACUGAGAGAAAGAUAUAAACAUGAAAGUCAGUGUAAUGGUAUUCCAGAAGACAAUGUGGGAUCUUCCAGGGAUGUGAGGCCAGCUGAAAGGGAGCAAGGUGCUCAGAGAAGGCAGCCACCUGAAUAUUCACGGAGACGACUUUUAUUCACAAUUGCAAUAGCUGGCAUUGCUGUUUUAUUAGGAUCACUUUUUUUCCAGAAGACAAUGGAGACCGGUCCGGUAAUUUAGCUUUGUGUAAGUCAAUUUGAGAGCUUACGUAUUCGACUUCUGUAACUCAAAUUUAUCCUAGAGCGUAUACUACUUGAUGUUUUAAAACUCGAUUCAGAUUCUGAUAAUUUAUGGUCAAUCCCUUCGCCAUAUUUGCUUCUUCACUUCUGAAUUUAUGUACAUGAAAAUGAAACUAUUACUAUUGCCU